GGACCCCCUGGUGCGUAUCAUCCGCAACCCUCUGCGAUCGUUUCAGCACCGCCGCAAGGCCACGCAUUGGCCCAGCAUGGAUAUCAUCCUGCUCCCUCCUACCCUUACCAGCAACCUUCCACCAUUGCGGGUCCGUUCAACGCGUACUACCCCAUUGCGACAUUACCCCCAGGUCAAUAUGCUCCAUUGCAGACGGAGUCUAGCGGGGGCUCAAACGUGGCGCCAGCCUCCUUUGCUCUCGACAAGAUAGCAUCUACCAGGCCUCGUAAGCGUAAAACCCCCCAGACCGCGAAUGAUUCGAGUUCGUCUGUUGCACCAUUAAUGUGCAAGCGCAGACGCCAGAACGCCUCCGAUGACUAUGGAUCGGGCAAGUUUGGUCCGUACACCCUAGCGGAUACUAGUACCACGGUCAUGACCAUGCCUGUUCAUGACCCAAAGCCUGUCGAUAUCAGUGGACGCAGGACCCAUGGUCCAAACGGAGAUCCCCUGCGAACGAGGAGAUUUGGGGUUAUGGAACUGGACGAUACCUGCCCCGAUGCACCCGGAAACGUCUUUGACUACCACUCGCCACAGUUGACCUGCGUACGCUCAUGCGAUUGGACCGACCAGCCGUGUGGUCUGUUCAUAGAGGUGGACAAGAUCCGCAUCGAAGACCACCUAUGGUUUUGGCAUGGGGUUGAAACGAAGAGAACUACUCCGAGCCCCUGCCGAUUCGAGGGUUGCCCGGACGCAGAGACGAUGACAUUUCUGAGCCGUCACAUCGAAGGGGUCCACUUCGCUGCGUCCUAUCAAUGCUCCUAUUGCAAGAAGCUGUGGUCGAGGACCGAUUCUGUGACUCGGCAUCAGAAGGGGUGCAAACCAUUACUUGCUAGCAGGGCCCAUGCUGAGCAUGGAAAGUACAAAUUCCGUCUCCAAGAGAUGAUCAAGUCAGUUUCUGGAUAUAUCGUUCCUGCUAGUAACGCAACCUAGGACAGCGUCUGAAUAUUGUUGAAUAUAAUUCUUGACACAACUUACUCUCUAUGACUGAUGACACUCGUUCCAUAUCUAUUACCGACAUUCCUUUAGACUAUUCUCUCUGCGGCUAACGACACUCGUUUCAUUCUAUUACCAACAUUCCUUCGGAAAUUUAUUCUCUCUCUGGUUAACCACACUCGCUUCAUUCUAUCACCACAUUCCUUUUGAAUAUUCGCUCUUUUCGUCCUUGCUCAGUGCAUCUUUCAUAUGGUUAUUGGUUUAUCUUUAUUGCACGCUGGACGU